AUGAGCGUCGACGAAAACGAUAAAAGCGUCGAGGAAGUCGUAAACGACGACGGCAACGCAGCCGGCGGCGGCAGCGGCGCCUGCAUUAACGCAGGCGCAGACAGCGACAGACCUCAAAUCAACGCGGUAUUCGGUAAAUUACCGUUCCCGAAGCUAAACUCAAAAUAUAACAUUGAAUCGUGGUUCAUAAAAGUAGACGCAUGGUUCGAGUUACACGGCUUUGGGGUACGCAAGGAAAAAGACAAGUACACAGCCGUUAUUGCCCACGCCGACGACUACAUCCUUGACCAGGUGUUCGAAUUGGUGCGCAACCCACCAACAACCGCACCGUACACCACACUCAAAAAUGCCAUAAUAAACAAGUUUAGCGACUCAGCGAUGGCCCGGCUCGACAAACUCACGGGGAUACAGCUAGGCGACGGUAAGCCUAGCCAUUUACUGAGCCAAAUGCAACGGACGAACGCAACAAAGGAUGAGUCUGUUAUACAGCAAUACUGGCUUAAACAGUUACCAGAAUCCGCACGUGCCGUUAUCGCCGGCAUGCUCCAAGCUCAGCCAGGCACGCCGUUACAUCAGCUAGCCAUCACCGCCGAUGCAGUACUCGACGCACUAAGCCGCGACUCAGCCUCGACAGCACCAAGAGGACCAACAAUCAAUGCCAUUGAAACGCCUAUCAACAAAGUGGAUGUGCUCCAAAAACGGAUCGAAAAACAGGACACGAUCCUAGAAAGCAUCAACAGCAAGUUAAACCGACUCAUGCUGCAGGACCGUAGUCGACAACGUGAGCGUUCGCAAACCAACCCUAAACGUGCAAGCACUCCGCACCGCACCACCAACGUACAACAAAAUCCGACCUGCUGGUACCACCGCGAAUAUGGGACACAAGCCCGUAAAUGCCGAAGCCCAUGCGACUUUCCAACCAAAAAAACCGACUCAGCAAAAAACUAA